UGUUAAACGACGAAACGAGUGAAGUUGUGAUUGACUGUCCGGAACGUAGAUGAUAAUGUUCUUAGAUGCAGUUGUAUUCCUUUCGGUUGCUCAGCUCAUUUUCUCCGCUCCUCGUGAAGGAGGUGAGAAUGUCUGCAGUACGGUGGUAACAGUGGUAACACAUCCAGUUACUUACUACUACUACUAUUCUCAGACGCGAGGCUCCAGAGCAUGUGGUUUUCUCGGUUGGAGUCGCUGUACUACUUACGGUCAGCAACGUCACCGCGGAAUGCAACGACAGACUCACAUAACCUACUCAACGAAUUACUUUUGUUGCAAUGAAUGGGCUGAGGAUGGACUAGGAGGCUGUCCUAUUCCACUAUGUGUACCAGAAUGUGGUGCUGGUGGUACUUGCGUGUCUCCUAACAACUGUUCGUGUUUCUCUGGCUUCGAAGGACAACAGUGUGUAGACAUUUAUGAAUGUAAUGACAACAACGGUGGGUGUCAACAUCUCUGUAUAAACACUGAAGGAAGCUACUAUUGCCAAUGUUAUAUGGGGUACGAUGAGGUAAAUGGGCAUUGCGAAGCUGCUUGUCAUCCACCAUGUGUUCACGGCGAGUGCAAGUCUCCAGAUUACUGUGAGUGUGAGGACGAUUAUGUCGGCGCCGACUGCAGUGAUAUUGAUGAAUGCAGGCACAACAAUGGUGGGUGUGCCCAGAUAUGCAAUAACUUUCCCGGUGGAUUUCAAUGCGAAUGUAUUCCUGGGUACGCAUUGUCGAUGCUUACGGAAUGUUUACCCGUUUGUGAACCACCAUGCGAAAACAACGGUCGCUGCACCGGCCCCAACUACUGCGACUGCCCUGAAACAUAUUUUGGUGACAUAUGCGAAAAAGAUAUUGAUGAAUGUUUCAUAAACAAUGGAGGCUGUGAGCAUAAUUGUGACAACUUCCCUGGAUCGUUCAGCUGCUCGUGUUAUGAUGGGUUUGCUGGCACAAGUAAUUGCACCGAUAUCGACGAAUGCACCUUCGCCAAUUGUCACAAUUGUACCAAUGCACCUGGUAGCUUUGAGUGUAUUUGCAAAGAGGGGUAUGAAGCAUUCGAUUUUUAUAACUGUGAAGAUAUUGAUGAGUGUUUAGAUGGUACAGCUGGAUGUACCCAACGUUGUUCCAACACUGUUGGCAGUUUCAUAUGUGAUUGCUAUGACGGCUGGACAUUAAAUCCUGAUGAAAAAAGCUGCACUGCCAAUCCAUGUGUUGACAUUGGAGUACCUUUUGACGGAACACGCAACUGCACUGGUUUCACAACUGGAGAGUCAUGCGUCUUCGAAUGUGAAUGGAACUAUCGACUUUUGGGAUCUAAUAGGCGAGAGUGCUUACCUAACGCCGUUUGGGGAGGUCAAUUAACACAAUGUGCAGAGAUUCUGUGUCCUGAACUGUCACUACCCAAUGGUUACAUCUUUUAUCCGUGUGAAAACAAUGUUGGCAGUCGUUGCAUGUUUGGCUGUGAUUUGGGUUACUUCUUAGAAGGAGAUAGUAUUACACAGUGUCAACUAUCUGGACUCUGGAACAAUUCUGCUUCAGUAUGUAAAGAAAUUCAGGUGUGCUCACCAUCUCCAUGUGUAAAGGGUGUCUGUCGCCCAUCUGAAAAUGAGGCAAACAGGUAUUUCUGCGACUGCACAGGAACCGGCUACACGGGAACAAACUGUGAGGAUGGUUUCAUAACAACACCUAAAUGGCCUGAGAUAUGGGUAGGCCAUGUCUACGAUGAUUUGGAAUUUAUUGCUAAACCAAUGCAAACACUCAUAUUAACAAUCAUGGCCAAUCCAAGUAAAGUUGUCGUUUACCCAACUGAACUAUAUUUUACUCCCAAAUCGAAUAUCCAAACCGUUUCUAUUCAAGGAGUUAGUCAGGGGUUUACGCAAAUUACGUAUGUUUUGAGAGGUAAAGGAGCAACUGAAUUCAAAUCUCUAAAUGAUGACGAGCUAUUUGUGUUUCAAAAUAAUACACAUACUAAUGGGUAUGUCUACGGAACACAUUUUACACCAGGUUUUCAACUUCCGUCUGGGUGUUUUGAGCUGUCGGAUGAGUCUAUAUGUUUAGGCCGUGGUGCACAAUUUAGAUCAACCGACAAAUGGAAGACAACGAAGGCAGCUGCUCAAACUACUGGUGUGGUUUCUAUAGCAACAAACUCAUUUGAACUCCCAAUUAAUCUUAUCGGAUACUCAACUACAGGUAACGGGAAAACAAUUGCUACUUCCUUCACCAAUUGUCAAAGUCAAGGCCUAACAGUGGAUGUAAUUCAAGAAUUUGUUCAACAGGAGUCAUUUUAUCGUAACUAUACACGGCAACUGGAACACAUUCUUCCUGAUUGGAUCACUUUUAUAUCAGUCAACAUAGAUCCAAGAAAUUCUAAAACAUCAUUUUCAACAUCGAUCCUUAGGGGAAAUGAGGUGAAAUCAACCGAAUGGUGCACAUUUGCACCCGUCAUCAAUGAUGGUCAGUAUUCCGUAUAUUUACUCUACAAGGCUGAAUUAACUGUUGGGGGCAGACAUGUAACAUUACCACUCCCGCCAUACAAAGGAAAAUACUGCUUUAUUGUGGGUGUGUGUAACAUCACUUCGGGGACGGUUAUGAUGAUGUUUCCCGAAGGUUCAAGAGAUAUUAUGAAAUUCGUCAAGGAUAUAAAUGUCGAUGAUUCCCUCAAAGUUGAAAUCAAUGGUCUUGCAUUUUCUACAACCGAAAAGCUAAAUCCAAAUGGUCGAUAUGGUCAACAAGACGAUAACAAAAUCAGCAUCUUUGUCAAUCUUCAGUACGCAUACAAUAUUAACCAAACAGUGUCUGCAAAGCUCGAAGGUAGUGGGGAUAUUCAUGUGACACUAGAGGAUAUAACCCAACUAUUUAGUCACUUGUUCACACAACGAUGGAUGUUACAGCAAUUUGGUGAAUCCAAAGUUAUACUGUUCUGGAAAGUGCUUGGUGAAGACGUAUCAUUGGAUUUCAAGUCGAACCAAGUGAAUAAUCCAAUAUUAAAUGCUAACUUUGGCAAUCUUCCUUCUGGUCGAAAUUCAUAUACAAGUGGAAUAGUAAUAGAGUCAUCAACGUCACAGGGUGUUUUUGAUGAUACGGCAUUUUCAUGGCUGCUUAAACCUCAGAAUAUAGGGUCACCAGCAGAGGUUUUCGUAUAUUAUGACUUGUCACCGAGUCUUUCCAUCCCAUCUGACCUUAAGAGCGUAACAGAGAUUGUUAAUAAACUGCAAGACAUGCCGACACAAUUAUCUACAUUAGCUGAAAAUCUAUUGACAUCUGGCUUUCACGAUAUGUAUUCUACUAUUCUAUCUACAACCAGUUACUUGAAUGAUACAAUUAACAGUUAUUUCCAGGUAUUGUCUGGAGAGGAGAUAAAGUCAAUUGGUAACUCUUUGUCUGAGUUGCGUAUACAAUGUAAAGGAAGUCUGAAGGCGCUUCGUUACGUAAACGACACGCUUUAUAGCAACUCAAAUAUCCAAUAUAAUGAUUUUAAAGGAGAUCUCCAUAACAUAACACAUCAACUAGAGAAACUCUGCAAUCAAGCUCUCAUUGAAUUGCAGAAUGUUUUUGUUCACGAAACAACAACAGGAUCUGGCUUUCGUAUGACGUCUGAAGUCUGCUUGUCGUCGUAUCUUUGUUUUCCAUCGUUAAAAGUGGAAGUAUCCAUGUCAAAUUCAAGCUGUCAAGAGUGUACUGAGCUACAAAUUGAUUCCAGUAUAUCAACAAUUUGUAUAAGAGGCAAAUACGCAGCCAAAGAAAUGCUGAAUCGGUUUGUUACUAUCCCUACCAAUGCUAAAUUUAGUUUAGCAUUGCAAUCCAAUGUAAAUCAUUGGUCAGGAUGUAUACCAGUACUCACAAACAUCUUUGGGAUUGAGCAAAUGACGACGUUGCACCUGACGAUGUCAGGAACAUAUUUUUACUUGACAGGAAAGCUGUGGGGAUUAUUUGAUAUGGAAGGAUUUGUUUCUUCAGAGUUGGAUUCUUUUGAAUCGAUGGUACUACAUGUGAAUGGUAACUUUUCUGUUGAAGGUCCAUUCUCUUUAGGAAGAAUUAUCAAAGACAAAAUUAUCACACUAUCCCAGAAAUCAUUAGACGACAGCGAACGAAGACUGGAGCAAGGGGUUAAAUCAGUCGCAAUCGUAGAAUCACGGUUAAAUGUGGUUUUAGAAGAAGAACGUUUGAAAAAGGCAAAAGCUGACAAAGCGAGAAAACAAUAUGCUUCUGCAAAUAACGAUCUUCUAGUGGCAAAUAAAAAUGUCGAGCGUGCACGUGACUUAUUGGAGGACCAACGUAAUUAUACACAGGAGAUAGAAGACUAUUUGAAUUCCGUAUGUGAAGUGCGUGAAUGCAGAGGAGUAUGUCUACCUGGAAGUACAAUUUUCACUGUUAUUGAAGAUGUUUAUGCGUAUGUGCCGUAUGAAUGUUGUGAUGAGAGAACGGAAUCGGCGGUUGUGUUAGAAACAACUACAUGUUGUAAAACUUGCCGAGGUACAAGAGCUGUAAGAAGAUCUUUUUUUGGUUUAAACCCAUUUAGGUUCGUAUUCACUGGGUUUUCACUUGUGACUGGCUUAUUAAACUUUGGACGACGAAGGUGUUAUUCAAGGUACACCUGUUGUAACGUUUGCAGAAAACCUGUUGAAAUCAGCGUUAUGUACACGUCAUGUAGUACAUGCGUUCAUUAUCAGAUUGUAGGUCAAGUAGAAAAGAUUGAAACGGAAGAGGUUGCUUGUAGUACGCAGAUGCCCGAUGCUAACUGUGUGCGUAGUAAUGAACAAUGCCGAAAAACACGAAACCGAUUAUUUGACCAACUAAAACUAACAACUCCAGAUCUUUCAUCAAUUAUUGAAGAGUUGGAUAAUGCUGUCCUACGUGCAUCACUUGCCGAAGCAUCAUUGAAUGAAGCAGUAAUCAAACUACAAGACGCAGUUAGUCAACACGAAGAAGUGUUGAUUAGAGUUCAGUCAUUGCAGGCACAUCUUAACAAUACGCAAAAUGCGCUCAACGAAAUAAAUGCGAACGUCAAAGCAGGCUUGGCCAUAAGGGAACUUCAAAUCAACGGAUCAAUUGAAGGAAGUUUGGAGUUCAAGGGACUUCAAUUUGAUAUUGACUUAGUUGGAGAGGAAACUACGGUAAUUCCAGUCGUAUGUCAUCUCAGUCUGGCGGCCAUUCCUGUACAGAUUCAAAUUCAUAUUGAUCUCAAAAAUUUAGAAUACUCACUUGAAAAUGCUGCACUGUUUAUGACAGAAGAACUGUUUGGUGAUAUAACAAGGUCCGUCAGAAGAAGAAGAGAAGCGAGUCAAAGACGAAUCGGGCUUGUCCAUGGUCGAAAUAGACGUGGCACUAUUACAGUUAUUGAACAACCACCGAUGAACAGUGUAAGCUAUAAUUUGGUAAACAGCACUUUAGACUAUAACAUAAGCAAAACAAUUUUGAGAGAUCAAAAUGUUGUUCAGAAUGAGGCAAGAUGCAAGGACUUCAAUGAUAUUCUAGGUUUCGUCGAGCACUCUUUUGAUACACUAUUAGAGGUUGCAAAUAUUAGCAAAGUAACUAAUGUACCAGCGUUAGAAAAUGUAGACAACUUUCACAGUGAAUACAUUUAUAAUUUAUCAAUAUCAUCAUCCAACGUUGUUAAUGGCAGUGCUGCCUUCCAGUAUUUUAACUUAACUAUGAAUGAUAUAAAAUACCUAAACAGCAGUUUAGAUGAUGGUCUUAUACAUUAUAAUUUAUCAAAACCAACAUCGGAGGCUGUAAAUACCAGCGCUGCCUUGCAGUAUUUCAAUUUGACUGUGGAUGAUAUACAAUAUCUAAACAGCAGUUUAGAAACUGGUCUUGAGCAAAAUGCUUUGAUAAAAGUUAUUUACUCAGCGAAAAUAAAAGCAAACAACACAAAGUCAUUGCUAGAGGUUGACGAUGUUCUCUCAAGGUGGGAAGUUGUAAUGGAAGAAUACACACGUAAUUUUAGUGGACUCGCUGAUUGUGAGGGAUUUCAUGACUGUUUAACAACUGAAUUGAUCGCAUUGAAAUAUUUGUCUGAAAAUCGCCAAAUUUACCAGAAGGUUAUAAUAUUUGAUGAAUAUAUAUCAACACUUUUAGAUAAAAAUACAUUGAAUGUCAAUGAAGCUCUAACAGCAGCAACGAAUGUACUCAAUCAGAUAUAUUUUCUUCAAAAUAAUAAUGACAUAUGUUUAAGAAAGCCCACCAUUACUAAACAUCCAGUAGCUGAAAUUGUGGCAGUCGAAGGAAAUGACGUUAUUAUAACUUGUCUGGCAUCGGGGUACCCAUCACCAACAUAUAGUUGGAAGUUUAACGGUGAAACACUGAGUGGUAGGCAUACAAAUUCACUUCUACUGAAGCAAGUGAACGCCUCUGAUUCUGGUGCGUACACUUGCCAUGCCAGCAACAAAGUGACGUCAGUUCAAUCUGAGCAAUGUGAGCUUACUGUAGAGUUUGUACCAUCGAUUAUCGAGCAUCCACAAGACGCUGACAUCGAACAAGGAAAUCCUGAAGGCAUAUUCUUCACUUGUGAAGCUUCAGCUCUUCCUUUACCAAACUAUCAGUGGUACUUCCAGGCUUCAUUAACAUCAACCAUGAAAGCCAUCGCAGGUGAGAAUGCUUCUGGUAUUGAGAUAUUAAGUCCAAUAUUUAGUCAAGAAGGAUGGUAUACAUGUGAGGCAUGGAACACACACGGAAUGCAGAUGUCAAAUCGUGCAAAACUAAACGUUCUAGGAGUAUCUAUACCGGAGUUCUUCAGUGAUAUUACGAUUACGCUUUAUCAAUUAGACGGAUCAAACUCGACUCAUACAAAUGAGUCUUUGAUUAAUGUUAUUUCAGAGGUCAUUGGGGAUGACGAACCAGAACUCGCACUUCUUAACUAUAAAGAAUUUAGUCCUGUUGGGAAGACAUUUUUAACUGAGAUAUCAUUCGACGUUAGAAGUGCAAACUUCACAUGGAUUGAUAUUGCAAAUGCAAGUCGGAAAGAAUUGGCGUAUCACGUUCAAGACAAAAUUGAAUUAGUCCGAGACACAGUGGCCGAACUGAAUGAUUUGUUAACACUGGGAGAAACAUUUGAACAUCGGGGUGGAUUAUUCGAAGUGACAGGGUUCAACGCUCUUAUGAAUGGUCCAAUAUGUCCUGACACUCAAUAUGCACACCAAGAUGGGUACAUAUGCGUAAAUUGUCCUCCGGGAACAUCUCGAGGGAAUGAUAAUCUUCCAGCUACGUGUCGGCCCUGUCCGAGAGGAUAUUACCAGCCAAAUGAAGGAAAAACAGGAUGUCUUGUGUGCGAUAGCGUCAUUAUCACUGAACCGGGAUCAAGAUACUGCCCCGUGUCUCCUUAUGAAGAUAUCUCGACAAGUGGUACAGUGACUUUAAUGUUAAAUGGAGGCACCACGAACGUUUUGAAUGACACCACUACUGAACCGCUUCAGAUAAAUAAAGUCAAUGAAUCGGGUGAGCGUGAUGAAAUCUUAGUAUACGCCAUUGGAGGUGGUGCUGGUGGAUUUGUGUGUUUGGUAUUAGUGGUCGGUCUCCUCGUAUUUCAUUUCAAGAAGAAAAAUCAACAAGAGAAGGAGACAGAGACCAUUUUUGGCGUUGGUGAAUCGGAAAUACCUUCGUCUAGUGGCAUUGACAACUUGCAGGCAGUAGACACCAACGUGGUACUUCAAAGCUAUAAAGAAAAAUCCAAAGAAUAAAACAAAAAAAAAUAACAGCUUUUUAAUUACUUUCAUUACAUGAAAAUAAUACUUUAUAGUAUAUAUCAUGAAUAUUGUAGAAUAUGAUUCUUGGUAAUAGGAUUCAUACAUAAACCUAUUUUGUGUCUACUGGUCCGAGAAUUAUAUAUGUGGACCCGUCCACUCUUGACCACACCCUCAAUACACUGUACACAAUAAAAUUGUUUAGAUCUACUACUAAUAGUAUUCAAAACUAUUAUAGCGCUUAUAUUUGCGUCUCGGGGCGACACUGUCAAGUAAUAUUGCCGCUCGUAUUCAAUGUGUAAAAUAUAUCUUUUCAGACCCCUGUUAUACAAUUUUAUUUAUUCAGUUUCAAAAACUUCACUCAUUGAUUAUUCAAUAUUCAAGAAACCACUGACCAAGCUAUAUCAUAUUCUUGUCACCCCAAUAAAUUGUAUUUUAGAAAUGCAACUAACAGUUAAACUACACUGUGCUUUAGUUAAAAAUAAUAUAAUGAGGGCAAGUAAUAGAAUAGAACCUGUUUAGCAAGGCGAAUAAGUUAAGUGUAGACAUAAUUAUGUAUAAAUCAUUAAUCUACAGGUAUAUUACUAUACGUACAUGUCUCAGAGU